UAUAUACAAAUCAAGUUAUAUUACAAAGGAAACUGUAGUGGCCACUUGUAGCUACCACAAGUCACCGCUAGAUGCCACUACGACUUAUGGAAUGUUCUCGCCCUCCACACUGCAGCCAAUCAGAGUAGACUACUUCCUAUAUAAGCAGGGGCACUGCCUCUUUGCAGCAGACUCUUCAACCCGACGAGGUCUCACACAUCACUAAUACACGACUCCAGGAGACUCGUCAACCCGACGAGGUCUCACACAUCACUAAUACACGACUCCAGGAGACUCGUCAACCCGACGACAACAAGUAUUCGAUGCAUCAGCCUGAUCUCGCCUUCUAACAGCCGACUUGGCUAUAAACGCCAAACGCUGCUCUCGGCUAAUCGCUGCAUCUCAGAACCUUCGGCCUCUGUGGAGUCAGCCGACUCACGGCCCCCGGACCUCAGCCAACGGUACUCUCACGGUCACAGACCAUCAACCAACGGCGCCAUGCAUCGGUCGCGGCCUCGAUUCGUCGGCCCUCCUACUCCACUACACAACACCGGCCCUUUUCAGGGCCACAAAACUCCCAGUCACUAAAGAAACGAAUGAACUUUUAUUCCAAAUUCUUUUUCAUUUUGCUGUGAUGAGAACGAACCUAAGACUCACUGACGAUGUGGAAUGACCGCAACCCACCUGGCCAAAAGUUGUAAUAGGCGGACCGUGAUAAUCGUAGAUGCUAUAUAAAUUAAACAUGUUUUAAUAAAUUUUUCCUGAAGAAAAACGUGUUUUUAUUUUCGACUUUGUUGGUGUCUUACUAACAAGUCAAACUGGUAACAUGGUUCACAUGAAAGAAUUUUGGUCUAUUACAAGGAUUUUUCAUCAUAGAUGGCGCGUAAACGCCCAUUGUGGUUUCAGACUUACAUUUUUCAAGAUUUUUCGUUUUUGGUCGUGAUAUUUUCUUAUAUAAAAACUGGGUUCAAAUAUCUAAUAAACAAUACCAGUCGCUUCCAACAAAUGGACUGUACAUGUAGAUAAUCCAAAAGGCCGAGCUGCUUUUAUAUCGAGCAGUCCGUGGCGCAAGCGCUUUUCACCGAGACCCGUUCGUUAGCUGACAAUUCAAGGGAGAAGAUGGAUGUGGACAGAGUGUGGAUCUGAAGAGGCGGAGAGCUCGCUUGACCCUCGACCACGAAAAUGCCGGAGAAAGAAGAGGCGUUCAAGGAAACAAUCGCCUUGACAUCGCCAGGUGGUAAAAAGACCACGACGAUUGUAGAGAAUGGUGAGGAGUACGACCCUCAUUUACACCGACAGGUCGAGCACCCGACCACUAAUUUCGAAACAUUGGUCCAUUUGCUCAAAGGAUGCCUGGGAACUGGAAUUCUGGCCAUGCCGGACGCCUUCAAGAACUCAGGCCUGGUCGUUGGCACUGUAGGCACGGUAUUAAUCGGCUUUGUAUGUACAUAUUGCCUUCAUGUCCUGAUCAGGUCCCAAUACAUAUUAUGCAAGAAACUGCGAGUACCCCUCCUGACCUACCCCGAAUCGAUGAAAAUCGCUCUUGAGCAAGGACCGAACUUCUUGAAGUUUCUCAUUCCGAUUGCCGCACCUCUUGUGGACAUAUUCAUAACACUGUAUCAACUCGGUAUCUGCUGCGUCUACGUCGUAUUUGUGGCAGAGAGUGUGAAAGAGAUCGCAGAUUUCUAUUGGACUGAACUGGAUGUGAGGGUUUGGAUGAUGAUAAUACUCAUUCCGCUCAUCGCAAUCAACCUAAUAAGGAACUUGAAAUUGUUAGCUCCGUUUUCUUCAUUGGCCAACGUCAUUACUUUCAUCGGACUCGCUAUCAUCUUAUACUACAUAUUUUGGCCGGAGUUUCCAUCUCCCUCAACCGUGGAGGCAUUCGGGAAGGUCCGCAAUUAUGCACUUUACUUCGGAACCGUCCUAUUUGCGUUGGAGGCUGUUGGAGUGGUCGUCGCACUCGAAAACAACAUGAAAAACCCCAAAGCCUUCGGCGGCUACUUCGGCGUAUUGAAUCAAGGCAUGGGCCUGGUAACGUUCAUGUACAUGUUUGUCGGCUUCGUCGGGUACGUCAAAUACGGUGACAAAGCGAGAGGCAGUGUUUCCCUUAACAUACCGAACAACGAGAUCUUGGCGCAGGGUGUCGUUUUAGCGUUUGCCAUAGCCAUCUACAUAUCCUACGCCCUCCAGUGUUACGUUCCGGUGCAGAUCAUAUGGAACACAUGGCUCAAAAAACAUAUUGACGAAUCGAAACAACUCAUGUGGGAAUAUAUUUUGAGAAUCUUGGUUGUUAUCGCCACACUAUUAUUGGCUGCGGCGAUACCGAGGCUGGGACUUUUCAUAUCUCUUUUUGGGGCCCUCUGCCUAUCCGUCUUGGGUCUCAUAUUCCCUGCCGUGAUCGAGCUGUGCACUCUCUGGCCCGAUCAGCUCGGAAAAUACAACUGGAUCAUCUGGAAAGAUGUCCUGCUCGUCAUUUUUGGCUUCGUAGGCCUUAUCUGCGGGACGGGAAUCACUUUAAUUGAUAUCGUCAACUCUUUUAAAUAA